GGCUCCGUCUCCGGCAGUCCGGCUCCGCUCUGCAUCUCCCGCCGCCUUGUGCAAUGCGGUGCCCUCCUCCACCUCUUUCGCAUUUGAUUUGAUUCGUCCAGAGGACAAUCUCUGCGCCGCGCAUAAACAACGCCAGAAGAGUCGUCGCCCCUGACCGUCCCGUCUCCUUCCUCCCCUCACCCCCACCCACCCACCCACCCACCCACCGCGCCACCAUAAACCCCGAGGGGAUACAGAGAAAAACCCCGGGCCCCCACACGCGCACUCCAUGGCGGAGCCGGCCGGCAAGGCCCGGGAGCGGCGGGUGUCGAUCGAGGAGGUGGCGAAGAAGCUGUCCCUGUGGCACACGGCCACGUUCCGGCCCAUCCUGACCCACGCCGAGCUGGAGCCCAUCCUGUGUGCGGCGGGCUUCGUGGCGCUGCCGUCGGCACCAGCGACGCAUCAGAAGCAGGACGAGCGGCCCGGCGUGGCGUGGCGCGAGUACGCCUUCCUCGGCGGCGGCAAUGCGAGCCCUGCGGCGGCGGCCCCGCGGCGCUGGCUGGGCCCGCGCCCCCGCCUCCCGUACCCGCGCGUCGACGGCCUCCACCUCAAGACGUACCAGGCCUUCCUCGGCGCCGUCGAGGCCUACCUCGGCGCCCACCGCGUCUCCAACCUCUUCCACGUCAGGCUGAUGCCGGUGACGAGCCCGCACGACCGCGCGUUCGACAAGGUGUUCCGGCCGAUGCGGAACUGCAGCCCGGAGGAGGACGGGCUCAUCGUGUACCGGGAGGGCACCCUGGACGACCUCACCGUGGAGACGUGCAGCCGCCACGCCGCCACCGGGGACGACGGCGCCGCCGGCCACGUCAUCCCGGGGAUCAGCUGCAGCGACCUCGGCUGCCUCCGCAAGGUGGACGGCAACUGCCUCGAGGAGGGAUGCAAAAGCCGCCGCGGCACUGCCCGCGGCCAUGACGACGACUUCUUCGUCGUCCAGCUCAAGGAUCUUUUUCCCAGCUACUACUGAGAUUAGCUGCCUGAAACGACGAAACUAAACCGUGCAGCCUAGCUUCACCCCAUUCUGCAUGGGCAUGAGAGUUUGCAGAACUGCAGUCGAAUUAGUGGCGAGGAAUGCAUCGCCAUAGGUGUUAGUUGGCCUGUCAGCAGGCUGUUCCGAUCCCACCGUUGUUUUUAGUUUUUUUUUUGUUUUGUUUCUCUCUCCAUCAAGUGUAUAAUCUGUCUGCGAGUUGCGUAUAUCAUGCAAUGCUGAGUGAGUUUUGUCGGC